CUCUCUUGCUCCUCCAUCCCAACGCUGUGAUUUUAUCUCCAGCGCAGAGUCUACGACAAUUGCUCCGCCCGCGUUCAUCCUCCUCUCUCCUCUCGCGGCCCCCUUCCAUCGUCACCUCCCAGACUCCGAUCAUGGCUGAGCAGCUGGUCCUUCGCGGCACCCUUGAGGGUCACAAUGGCUGGGUUACUUGCCUGGCUACCUCUCUGGAGAACCCCAACAUGCUGCUCUCUGGCAGUCGCGACAAGACUCUGAUCAUCUGGAACCUUACCCGCGAUGAGCAGGCCUACGGCUACCCCAAGCGCAGCCUUGAGGGCCACUCUCACAUCGUUUCGGACUGUGUUAUCUCUUCCGACGGUGCCUACGCUCUGUCUUCUUCUUGGGAUAAGUCUCUCCGUCUGUGGGAGCUCUCCUCCGGCCAGACCACCCGUACUUUCGUUGGCCACACCAACGAUGUUCUCUCCGUCUCUUUCUCCGCCGACAACCGCCAGAUUGUUUCCGGAUCUCGUGACCGCACCAUCAAGCUGUGGAACACCCUCGGAGACUGCAAGUUCACCAUCACCGACAAGGGCCACACCGAGUGGGUGUCCUGCGUGCGCUUCAGCCCCAACCCCCAGAACCCUGUCAUUGUCUCUGCCGGUUGGGACAAGCUUGUCAAGGUUUGGGAACUCGCUUCCUGCCGCCUCCAGACCGACCACAUCGGUCACACUGGCUACAUCAACACCGUUACCAUCUCUCCCGAUGGAUCCCUCUGCGCUUCCGGUGGCAAGGACGGUGUCACCAUGCUCUGGGAUCUCAACGAGUCCAAGCACCUCUACUCCCUCCACGCCGGCGACGAGAUCCACGCUCUCGUCUUCUCCCCUAACCGCUACUGGCUCUGCGCUGCCACCAGCAGCAGCAUCACCAUCUUCGAUCUGGAGAAGAAGAGCAAGGUUGAUGAGCUCAAGCCCGAGUACAUUGAGAAGGGCAAGAAGAGCCGUGAGCCCGAGUGCGUCAGCUUGGCCUGGUCUGCUGACGGCCAGACUCUGUUCGCCGGUUACACUGACAACAAGAUCCGCGCCUGGGGUGUUAUGUCGAGGGCGUAGAUGGGAAAUGAAAAGGCAAUUAAAAAGUCGGUCGGCAACGCGAGUCCAGUCGAGUCGAGUUGAGUUUUGAGUUUGGCAGAGGAGAGACAAAAGAUAAACCCAACUCUGUUUGAUAAAUUAUUUUUUUAUCUGUUUCCCCCCCCCCCCC